AUGGCGGACGUCCUGGUGGUGGGCGGAGGAGGGCGCGAGCACGCCAUUGCCGUGAAGCUCCGAGAGUCCCCCAAGGUGCGGCACGUCUUCUGCGCCCCGGGCAAUGGCGGCACCGCCACGGAGGAGCGCAUGACCAACCUCCCCAUCGGCGACAGCGACGUGCCGGCUUUGGUUGCGGCCGCCAAGGAGAAGGCGGUGGCCCUGGUCUUCGUGGGCCCCGAGGCGCCGCUCUGCGCGGGCCUGGCGGACGCGCUGCAGGAAGCCAAGCUGCCCUGCUUCGGGCCCACGCAGAAGGCCGCGGAGCUGGAGGCUUCGAAGGCUUUCUCCAAGGACUUCUUCGCCAAGUACAAGCUGCCCACAGCGAGCUACAGGACAUUUAAGUCCGGCGAGCAUGAGGCAGCGCUGAAGUACCUGGAGGCCGAGUACAGCGCGGGCCGGGAGGUGGUGGUGAAAGCCUCCGGCCUGGCGGCGGGCAAGGGGGUGCUCAUGCCCCAGACUUUGGAGGAGGCCAAGGACGCGGUGAAGCAGGUCAUGGUGGACAAAGUCUUCGGCGCAGCAGGCGACGAAACCGUCAUCGAGCAACUGCUGAUCGGCGAAGAGGUCAGCUGCAUGGCGUUCUCGGACGGCCAGCGGGCCGCCAUGAUGGUGCCGGCCCAGGAUCACAAACGUGUAGACGACAACGACCAGGGCCCCAACACCGGGGGCAUGGGCGCCUAUGCUCCUGCUCCGUGCCUCACUCCGGAGCUCAAGCCUCAAGUAGAAGAGGUUCUGCAGAGGACGGUGGAGGCCUUGGCCACGGAAGGCCGCAGAUACGUCGGGGUGCUCUACGGCGGCUUUAUGCUCACCAAGGAUGGCCCGAUGCUGUUGGAGUACAACUGCCGCUUCGGGGAUCCGGAGACGCAAGUCCUCCUCCCGUUGCUGGACUCCGACCUCUUCGAGGUGGCCCUUGGCUGCGCUGAGGGCAACCUUGCAGCUCGAGUGCCCGAGGUGACGUGGAAGCCUGGAGCGGCCGCAACGGUGGUGUGCGCCGCGCGGGGCUAUCCCGGGUCCUACCCAAAGGGCCUGCCGCUGAGCGGCAUUGAAGAGGCGAAUAGUGUGGAGGGCGUCAAGGUCUACCAUGCUGGCACCAAGCAGGGGGAUGGCCUGGUAUCCACCGGUGGCCGAGUGCUAGCGGUCACCGGGCAAGCGCCCUCCUUUAAGGAGGCCUUGACCCGCGCCUAUGCGGGCGUGGCCAAGAUCAGCUUCGACCCCCCAGGUGUGGCGGUAGGUGCCUGGGCCAAAAGACGACCCGAGGAAAAUCCGGGGAUCCGAGUGCCGAAAAGGAGGAUCCAUGCACAGUAUGAAAAUUGGCUUGGGUUCCCUGCAGAGCCAAAAUCUCAUGCCAGGGUUGUUGCAGCAACCAUCUUUGCCCUAAAGAAAAAGAAAGCUGCGGGGCUUGGAGUCUUUGGGUCGCUGGAGUGUCAGUUUUUCCGCCAUGACAUGUUUGGUUUCCCCAAAAGGACAGACACCCAGGGCAAGAGUCUGCUGUUUGAAUUUGAGGGAUGCCAACUUUGUGCGAGCUGCGGAUGGUCAAACGCCCAGCCUUGUGACGCAGACGGUUAA